ACUCGUAUCCCGUCAAUCGUGACCGCACGCGAUAUUUCUCCCGCUAAAAUAUUACGCGCGCAAAACUUUUCGAAAACGAGUGUUGACAAUUUGAGUUGUUUUGUUUUUUUUUGUGAUGCGCUGUUUUGUUUUAUUUUGGAUUUUGUUUUUUGUGUUUUUGCCGAAGUCUUCUAAAGGAAUCCGAUGGUUAUCGUUGCACGAGAGCGAAGGCAAUUGGACGGAGAGUGAGUGUUUGUUGGCACGUCGCGAUGGCGCGCUGUGGAGCGCGCAGGGACGCGUAUGCCGACGGCAGCCGACCGCUAUGGCACACGUGGCCACUGCCUCGAGACUGGCGCGCGCCGCUUGCCUGGCCGCACAUGCCGGCGAACGCUGGAACUGUUCUUCUAUUGCGCUGGCGCCGCGUUACACACCCGAUCUACUCACGGGUACACGAGAGCAAGCGUACGUAUAUGCGAUGUCAGCGGCUGCGCUAGUGUGGUCAGUGGCGAGAGCGUGCGCUGCUGGUUCACUACCGGCAUGUUCUUGCGCAGCGCCACCCCGCGCGCCCCCUCGCCCCCCGCGGCAGGCACAGCUUACACCCGCUGAGCCUCACGCUCGUUUCAAGUGGGGCGGCUGUGGUGACAACUAUCAGUGGGCAGAGAGAUUCGCCAAGCAAUUUUUAGAUGUCCACGAGAUAGAUGUUAGAGAUGGAAAGGUUGAAGAUUUUUUGGAAAUGGACACAACGACAAUCGAACCAACGACGACGACUGUCCCAGCCGAAUCUACGACCGCUGCUCCUGUCGUGAUCUUAGUUGAUGAUCAACCGGCUCCCGCAAAUAUCACUGCUCCGCCUAAGAGUGGCAGAAAAGGGAGAAAGGGUAGGAAACGCCUGCCGAGAUCACCACGACGCGGCCGGCCUACAAGAAAGCGGUUCAGAUCAAGAUACCAAUAUGAAGACAGAGGAUCUCGUUACCGUAAUAUCGAAUACCGCAUGGCGGCGGACGACCCGCGCUUUGAUCCACAAGUUGACCUACGCACGCGACUCGAACAGCUACGCCCGUUAAUCGCUUCCGCUAAUCUACUCAACGGACGCUUCGGAAGAAAGGUGGUGUCGAGCGGGAUGCGAACAAAGUGCACAUGCCACGGCGUAUCGGGUUCAUGUUCGGUGCGCACUUGUUGGCGUGCGUUGCCGCCUCUAGCGCGCGUGGCGGCCACGCUAGCGGCGGAGGCGCCCCGCGCGGGCCCCCUGCGUCCGCGCAGGCACGUCGCCCGCCACGCCAAGCCGCGCCUGCGAUACGUCACCCCUAGCCCUGAUUACUGCGAGCCCGAUACCGCUGCCGGCUCACUGGGCACUCACGGCCGGAAGUGCAACGCCAGUUUGGGCAGCGGCCCGGGCGGCUGCGGGCGGCUGUGCUGUGGCCGUGGACGUAGAGCUGUACGCUCCAGUCGGCUGGAGCGAUGCCGCUGCCGGUACCACUGGUGUUGUAGGGUCGACUGUCAACUUUGCCGCUUAACCACAGAGGAUCACUACUGUAACUAAACUCUUUUUAGACAAUCCCCAUCAACGAAACUCCUUUAACGUAACGCAGUAGACCACGUGCUCAUUUCACUAGCCAGUUGGAGCACAGCCGCUGCAGGACCAAUUUCCACAUCUUUCGAUCCUUUUUUAACGCAGCGAAAAUACCAACUUAAGCCUUAAACCAGGGCUGUCCGACCCCGUACCCGUUAAGAAAGGACAGGCUUAAGCGAGGGGGAGGACCUGGCAUCCAGCAAUCCUCUGUCGAUACUGAAACAAGAAGACUACAACUGGUUUCCCACCGAUUACUUCGUUAACAAUACAAUGCAGACGAACUUAUCGCUCCAGCCAGUUGGAACCCAGCUGUUACUAAUAUCUCACUUUCACUUGGGGGACUGGUCCAUUACUCGUGCCAGUUGUGGCCGUAAAUAACGACUGCCAACUUUAUCACAAGAUCAUAGUGAAUUACUACCACUACUAAGUACUAGUAUGAUUGAUCUCUUACUGAAGAUUCAUCGCUCGAAACGAUUGAUACACUGCCGUUAUCGAAUCAACUGCCAACCCUGUCGCAUUUUAUAGAGGAUCACUACAGUAACUGAUUAUCCACCGUUGACACCAUUAUCUAGACUAGAUGGACGUGUUUAUUCAUCACUGAAGACGACUGGUGCUGCCGCGUCGACCAGCUAAGACGUUUCACUACACAAAUUCGUAAUGACGUAAUAAUAAGCAUGCAUCUUAAUACUCAAAAAUAGUCCAGCGAAUCGAACUGAAUGUUUUAAAGCUGCCCUCCUAUUCUGUAAAAUCCAAACCCGAAUUCGAAAUCACUCAGGUGUCCGAAUUCACUUCAAAAAGCGGCAUCCGCUUAAUCUUGAAUUGGUAAUAACGUUUCGUGGCAUAAGUGAAGUGAGUUUCGAAAUGACAUAGGAAUAGAAUAUCUGAGACACGUAUAUUCAAUUAAUUAUGUUUUAUAUUUUUGUACAAAAAAUGGAAUCAAUAGAAUUUCUACACUAAAUGGCGUGAAUUCGGACAUAGAGUGAAUUCGAUUCGAGGUUUGGAUUUUUUCAGAAUCGCAGGGCUGUUCUAGUUUAUUACAGAACACAAUCUGAAAACAUGUGUAAAAUGAUUUUAUGUAAUGAAUAAUAUUUAAUUGUUUGGUGAUGGAUUAAGUCCUGUUUGGUUAGUGCCAAUAAACCACCCCACCGCAUAAGUGCUUUCAAGACUAUUUUGUAUUCAGAUUAGAAUGCCAAAGAAUGAUUACACCAAAUCAUUAUUUUUAUAGCGACGCAACUAGUCAUUCCUUUAUUUAUUGAAUGAUGUUUUUUUAAUAUUUUACUUGUACAAAUCUGAUUAUAUGUAGGUAUCUUUAUUAUAAAUAAUUAAGGCACUAGUUUAGAUAUACGUAGAAAUUGAUGACAAUUACAAUUGCAUCGCAUUACAAUCGCAUGACAGUACUUAGAAGGAAAUUACUUUCUUUAAUGCUACAUUCCUCCAUUUUAAAAUCUAUUAUUAUGACAAUAAUGUUUGAAAGAUAUUGUUAUUGUAGUACAUUUGACGCUAUAAAUAUUUGCUUUCAUUACAUAAGUAGAUGUAGUUAUUUCGUAAUUUAUACCUAACGUCCCUUGUAGGUUAUAAUGUAUAUAAAUAAUUGUCAAAGUUUCCGAUAAGCGAAAUUGUUAUAACUCCGUAGAUUGCAGAAUUAAUAAACCUCUUUAUUUAAACACAAUAUUGGAACUAUAUAAGCUGUUCAUGAUAUAUUUAUGACAAUGUCAAAUUUAUAACUAAAUUGGGCUAAAAUAUGACUGCGCGGUAACACGUCAAAGCUUUUACCGCGUGGCACAAAAUACAACAGUCCUGGGCGCACGGGGUAUUUUAUUUGAUUUUAAAACAUAAUCCACAUUCUCUUGUUUUUAUAUUAGUCAUACAAUAUUGGGAAUUACGCGUUUUAAUUAAUUAUAUUAAGAAAAAAAUGCACAUAGAAAUAAGAUGACAAAAAGUAUUUGAUUUAGUUCAUUAUUAAUUUAAAAUAAAUAAUAAUAAUCUAACUACCACGCGUUAAAUAUAAACAAUAUAUGCUGAGAUAUACCACGCGGUCAUACGAACUUAGCCUAAAUAAUUAAGAUACAGUUGUUUAUUUAACUCUAUUCGAACAUUUUCUCAAAAAUCUUGUACGGUAGAAAAUAAAAAGAAAAUUUUAAUAUCCGUAUGUCAUUAUAACGAAUUGAAAAUAACAAUUUUACGUAAUAAUAUUAAGUUAUAAAUUUAUUAGCACGAGAUUUUAUUUAAUUCUAUUAAAUUAUUAUACAUGUCUAUAUUUCUAAUAUUGUAUUUCUUUGUAAAUAAAAUUCGUACUUAGU